AUGUCAACACCUCCAGUUUCUAAUAUUAAUGUGCCUGAAUCUUUGAACUCAAAAACUGAUAAAUCACAUAAGAAAAAAGGAACAGAGGAUAUCAUUCAAGUAAUAGCUAAUGGUAUUCAAGAUAAUAUCCUUUCAGAUGAGUCAGAGAUUCGAAGCUUGGUUUCCUCAAAUAAUAUGACUAAAAUUUCGUAUCAAAUUUGUUCUACAACCCCAUUACUCGACUUAGCACAAUUAUUUGAUAAAGCAACUGAUGCUGAAUAUUAUGCUAUGAAAGCUAACCAGGAAGAAACCUUAUACUGGAUUAGUUACGGGAAAGAAUUUGUAAUUCAAUAUAAUGAUUUUAUAAAAAAUAGUAAUAAAAAAAUGGGCAAGAAAAAAGCUAAAG